ACACCACCGACUUUAUUGUUUUGUCUAUGGUUUUGUGAUGUUUAUUUGAGGGUUACGCUAGGAAGUCCAUUUCUUCUAGACUUUUAAGCAUUAUUUUUUCUACUUUGCUGCGUUAUUAAUACCCUAUAAGCAUGGCUGAUGAAGAAUUUGACGAGAAUGAUGUGGGAGAUGACUUCGACGAUGAUGUAGAAGACGAUAACAUUGAAGAGCUUGAACAACCAGAGGAGGAGGGUGACAACAUCGAUAUUCUAGCUCCAGGGCAAGCUGGGGGCGGCGUACCAAAAAACAAACGGAUCACCACCAAAUACAUGACAAAAUAUGAACGAGCAAGAGUACUGGGAACAAGAGCACUACAGAUUGCAAUGUGCGCUCCUGUUAUGGUAGAGUUGGAUGGAGAGACUGACCCUUUACAAAUUGCUAUGAAAGAGUUGAAACAAAGAAAGAUUCCUAUCAUUAUUAGGAGGUACCUGCCAGAUCACUCUUAUGAAGAUUGGGGCAUUGAUGAACUCAUUAUUAUAGAUCAUUAAGUUAAUUAAAAUACCAGGAGAGGAGAACCGCAAGCCGCAAGGUGAAGUAAUAUAUAUGACAAAUGACACAUCUGAU